AUGUUCCUUGGAAACAACCAUCUCUGGCUUCACAUCGUCCUGCUGGAUCUUACACUGCCAAGCCUGCUGUACCAACUCAACUUGGCCAACUGCCACCAAUUCAUCCUGGCCAGUGACUGCAUCUUUGUCACGUCCUGCCAGACGUACUUAGAAUCUAUACUCAGGUUUCUGAAGUGUCGAGUAGUAGUGCAAGGUGAUAGCAUCCUGCUGGUGCUACUGGUGGUGGGCGGCAUCGUGGUGGCCUUGCGCUGCUGGCGUCACACCUUCAAGGGCGACUACAGCACCAAGAAGCACGUGUAUGGCAAUGACUACAGCAAGGCGGGGGUCCCGCAGCACCAUCCGCCCAUGGCCCAGAAGCUGCAGUACCCAAAGGACUCAGACGAUGAGAAGAAGCCGGGCCCCCUUGGCGGCGGCAGCUACGAGGAGGAGGACGACGAGGAGGGCGGCGGUGGGGGCUGCGGCGAGCGCAAACUGGGGGGCCCCCACCCCAAGUACGACGAGGACGCCAAGAGGCCCUACUUCACAGUGGACGAGGCCGAGGCCUGGCAGGACGGCUACGGGGACCGGACCCUCGGCUACCAGUAUAACCCCGAGCAGCUGGACUUGGCCGAGAACAUGGUGUCCCAGAACGAAUCAAUGUUAAAAAUACCAAAAUACCAAAAUACCAAAGCAGCAUGA